UGCAUUGUGGGGUGGUGGAGGCGACGGCGGCGGCUGCGUUGGACUGGGCGGCACUGAGCCGGCGGGGCCCGAGGCGAUGGCUUCCUGGAGCGCGCCUUCUCCCAGCCUCGUAGAGUAUUUUGAGGGCCAGUCCCUGUACCAGUGUGGCUAUUGCAAGAAUGAGUCGUGCAGUCUCUCCAACGGCAUGUGGGCACAUUCUUUGACCGUGCAGGACUAUCAGGAUCUUAUAGACCGAGGAUGGAGAAGAAGUGGGAAAUACAUAUACAAGCCUGUCAUGAAUCGAACAUGCUGUCCUCAGUAUACCAUAAGGUGUCAUCCCUUACAGUUUCAACCAUCAAAAUCUCACAAGAAAGUUUUGAAAAAAAUGCUGAAGUUUCUGACUAAAGGGGAGAUUUCGAAAGGCAAUUGUGAGGAUGAGCCCAUGGAUUCUACAAUGGAGGAUGCUGUUGCUGGUGACUUUGCAUUAAUAAACAAGUUGGAUAUAAAGUGUGAUCUUAAAACAAUCAGCAGUGACCUCAAAGGAAGCAUAGAGAGUGAAGAUAAAAUGAAAGAAAAAAGUUUAAAGAAAGAAGUCUCUAAAGAAUUAAUUCAUCCACAAGCUAUAGAGAAGUUGGGCUCUGGUGAACCAUCACAUUCAAUCAAAGUUCAUAGUGGUCCUAAGCCAGGUAAAGGGGCUGAUUUGAGUAAGCCUCCAUGUCGAAAAGCAAAGGAAAUGCGGAAAGAAAGGAAAAGGUUAAAACUCAUGCAGCAAAACUCAGCUGGAGCCUUCGAGGGCUUCCAGGCUCAAGGUCAGCCAGCGUCUUUGUUACCAAAGGCUAAAUCCAAUCAGCCCAAGUCACUUGAAGAUUUAAUUUUUGAAUCUUUACCAGAGAAUGCAUCUCACAAGUUAGAGGUGAGGGUGGUGAGAUCUACUCCACCAAGUCCUCAGUUCAAAGCCACAUUUCAGGAGUCUUACCAGGUCUAUAAGCGUUACCAGAUGAUUAUUCACAAGGAUCCACCUGAUAAACCAACUGUGAGCCAGGUGAGGCUAGUACCUGCCUCCUUUGAGGAUCCAGAGUUCAAGUCAUCCUUCAAUCAGUCCCUUUCUUUAUAUACCAAGUAUCAAGUGGCCAUACACCAGGAUUCACCUAUUGAAUGUGGAAAGACUGAGUUCACAAGAUUCCUUUGCAACUCACCAUUGGAGGCAGAACACCCUGCUAAUGGACCGGAAUGUGGUUAUGGCUCCUUUCACCAGCAGUACUGGCUUGAUGGGAAGAUCAUUGCUGUGGGUGUGAUAGACAUCCUCCCAUACUGUGUGUCUUCUGUGUAUCUGUACUACGAUCCCGAUUAUUCAUUUCUGUCUUUGGGUGUGUAUUCAGCAUUAAGAGAAAUUGCUUUUACUCGACAACUGCAUGAGAAAACAUCACAACUCAGCUAUUACUAUAUGGGUUUCUACAUUCAUUCCUGUCCCAAGAUGAGAUACAAGGGUCAGUAUAGACCUUCUGAUUUGCUGUGUCCUGAGACGUAUGUCUGGGUGCCCAUUGAGCAGUGCCUGCCUUCUCUUGACAUCUCCAAAUAUUGCCGUUUCAACCAGGACCCACAAGCAGUGGAUGAAGGGCGCAGUAAGGACCCUGACAGAGUACGGGUACUUUAUAGGCGAUCUGCCCUGCCUUACGGUGUUUAUAAGAAGAACCACCAAGAAGACCCAAGGGAGGAGGUCGCCGUGCUGGAGUAUGCAAACCUUGUGGGGCAGAAGUGCUCCGAGAGGAUUCUGCUGUUCAGAAACUGAAGGCCUGCACCGCAGCCCAGCACCGGCCUGGGCACUCCUGUCACAGUCCUGCCAUAUUGGCUCCUGCAGCCACUCAUUAAGUACAUUCUUAGAGCUUUUAAAAAAUAUUUUGUGGAAUUGUAUUUAUGAGAAUCUUGUGGUUAAUAUAAAGAUUUUAAAAUACACUAUGAUCUAGCCCCUUAAUUGGGACUUGUCCUUUUGGAGUUUGCUUCUGGAGCAAGGUAUGCUAAAUGGCUCCAGUAAAUGUUUUGGGCAGGAAAGUAAAGAAGUGAAUAUAAGUAAUUUCCUCACAUUACUAUUUUUGUCUUGGUGAAAUUCUAACACAGAGAUGGUUGCUUAGACCAGUGGUUUUCAACCUGUAGGUUGUGACCACUACAGGGACUGUAUGUCAGAUAUUUAUAUUAUGAUUCUUAACAGUAGCAAAAUUACAGUUAUGAAGUAGCAACAAAAUAAUUUUAUAGUUGAGGGUCACCACAACAUGAAGAACUGUAUUAAAGGGUUGCAGAAUUAGGAAGGUUGAGAACCAUUGACUUAGACCCAUGCAAGAUGUCAGCUCAUGCUGGGAAAUUUAGGUGGGGUCAAAGGUGAAGAAGAGCAUGUUCUAGCACCAGGAAAUAUGUCUUCCCCACAAACCAAAACUCUGUUUGAUAUCGAAGUUGCCAGUGUUACAGUGUGUCAUUAAUAAACAACCUGAAAAGGAAGUACAAAGAUCAGGUGUUCACAUUAGAUAUGUCCCGGAUGGUCCUGCUUAUAUCUGUUGUCUUGGCAUAAUUGGUUUCCCUGUUGCUAGUAGUGUUCCUUUGUGCCCCCAGAGGAUGAUAAGAUAUGCCAUGACCUUAGUGGUGUUUGUGCUGUUUCUACAAAUCUAAGACUCAACAUUUUAAAGAAACAUAGUAACUCCUGCUUGAUCUGAAGCUUAUCCAAAGAAAAUAGGUACCUACUUUACAUUCCCUGGAACUCAGGGCACUUCUCUGUGGUUAGUGAUAGAAGUGGUUAGUACUUAACUAGUCCUGUAGCUGUGCACAAGCCAUAGUGGAGCUGGUGGGGCCUAUAGUCUCUGCAUUCCUUUUCUGAUUCUGUGUCAGAGAAUAGGUGCUGCCAUUGGUCCCUCAACCUAGAGGCUAGCCACUCUUUCACUCUUGUUCUGCUAGAACAGGCUUCUGCCUGUUCAACAAAUGCCUGCUGUCAGGGUGACAGGGAGCCAGCUCCUUAAGAGGCACAUCAGACAUGGCGAGGCGAGGCUCCCCUUAAGUGUGUUGGAAGCUGGAUGAACAUAUUAGCUUCAUUUAUACUUAUUCUCGGCUGGCCCCUUCUGCUGCUACCUGUUUGGCUACCUAGUUUUUCAGCCCCAUUUUUCUUUCUUCUAUUGAUUGAUAUUCUUAAAGCCAUAUUGUAUCACUUUGUACUUUGAAUCCCAAUACUCAUUUUAAACUUUUACCCCAAAUACACUGAACUUCAAGAAAACAUUUAAUAGUAAUUUUCAGCUAGUUAGAAUAAAAGGACAUUAAAAGAUUUGAAAAGUUACAGCAUCCAUGUAAACUCUUUUUUUUUUUUUUUUUUUUUUUUUUUUUUGGUUUUUACGAGACAGGUUUUGGAGGCUAUCGGUCCAGCCUGGCCUCGAACUCACAGAGAUCCGCCUGCCUCUGCCUCCCGAUUAAAGGUAUGCGCCCAGCUCAUAUAAACUCUUUUUAACGUGUGGUGGUGGGGUGAACUGCUGCUGUAUGACAUGUUCUCUGCUACCAGGGACAGAGUCAAGAAAGCCAUUUUCUGAUUGCCAGGAUCCUACAAUAUUCUGGGGUUGUGACCUAUGAAAUGGUCUCCUGAGGACCUUAAGAGUGCCAGCUUGGAACUGUCAUACAGUGAGGAUAGUAUUAUUUUAUUUCUUUUUUUAUGAAAAAAUUUCCCAUAAUAAGCAACUAAAAUGCUAAAAAGUUAUCUGAAUCCUCCCAAGCUAAAGAAGGAGCAGUAUGUAAACCCACAUAUCACUAGUCUGCCCCAAAUAAAAUCACGCACUCCUUGCUGUUUAGUUGCCCUCAGUGGCAAGUUGGAAUAUAUCUGAGAUUGAAGAUUGUAGAAAAUGUGAUUGGUUGUCUCAGUAUUAAGUAGAGUGGGCUCAGUGUACAUGCCUUUGGCAGUGGGUAGCCAGGCACACCGUAUCCCAUUUUUCUUUGUGGGUGGGAUAUCCAUGGUAUUGAAAGGUGGUAAGAAAUGGUCUAUUGUCCCCUGUUUCUACACUGAUGAGCCACCCAGUCUCUCUCUCUCUCUCUCUCUCUCUCUCUCUCUCUCUCUCUCUCUCUCUCUCUCUCUCUCUCUCUCUCUCUCUCUCUCUCUCUCUCUCUCUCCUUCCCUCUUUCUCUCCUUCUCUCCCUCCCCCAUCUCUCUCCUCCCCCCCCAUUUCCUCUCCAAGAUUUUUUUAAUAGUAUGAAAUCUUAGGGGUCUAUAUGUUGUCAAAGGUGUAUCCUUGGGUGGGGCUGAGGGGAUAGCUCAGUCAGUUCAGUGUUUGCCUGGCAAAGCUGGAGGACCUGAGUUCAAUUCUCUAGCACCCACGUAAAAAAGGCUGGGUCUGGUAAUGUGUAUGUCCUUGAAAUCCCAGCACUGGGGAGUCAGAGGAGCAUCCCUGGGGGCCACUGGCCAGCAGCCUAACCACUGAGAGACCCUGUCUAAAAGGAGUGGGUUGCAUUCCUGAGGAUGACAUCCAGUGUUGUCCUCAGGCCUCCAUUUGUGAGCUUUGAAAAAAAUGCGUGAUUAUGUGUUGAACUCUUGAGUUGAGUGUAUACCGCAGCUAGCACAGGGCAGUCAAGUAUUCCAACUUUGCAUUUUGCAAGUCUGAGAUACCUGAUUCCAUGUCAGUGGCUUUCAUCUAAAUAAAGACACAUGGAGCUUUUCAGAGACUGUUUCUGCCUUCUCCAGGCAGGAAGCUAUGCAUGUCCCAUUGCCUUGCUUUAGUCCCCUUCUGAGUUCAAGUAGAUUCACAUCUCCCUCCAUGCCUGACAGCACAGCCAUCAUUUUGAUUCUCAGUGUACCUUCUUUAUUUAAAUUAUUUUCAGUUCUCUGAGACUUUCGUUAUUUUUAUUACAGAUAAUCUGAGCACUUUUUAUAUUCUAAGAUAGAGGCUAUAUUAUCAGAUGGAUAUAUUCACUCAAUUGAAUUAUUUAGAUAAAAAGAAAUUAUUGUUUGUGUUUUCUUUCAAGCAGUGUAUCCUAUUUUUAUCCAUUUGCAAAUGCCAGUUUUGUGUGGUUUCUUAGCAUAUCAAAAUUAUUAUGUAAAAGAACCUUUCCAGCUUUCUGAACAGCAAAUCGUUUGGUUUAUAAAUAUUGUAUUAUUUCCAGAUGAGUAAAGGUGAGAGAGAAUAUGAACACUUACCCAAAAUGAUUCUAUUGUGGAUGACUGAAAAGGAAAGAAGGGAAUGAAGUGGGAACUUGAUGUGUUUGAAUUAUAAGUUAUUCAAAUGUGUGUUUCUUUCCUAAGGAAACCACUGAUAUAGGACAAAAUAAGUAUGAUUGCAUUCGAUACUUUUGCUCUUCUAAAAAAGCCCAAAAUGAAAAAAAUAAAGCUGUUUCUAUCUGCA